AAAAAAAAAAAUGGAGCCCGUUCCGAGUGAGCUUCGAGAGGGAGAAGCCGAGGAGAGAGCGACGAAGACGACGAGGAGAGAAACCCUAGAAACGGGAUCGCCCCCGCGUCGCGGUCCUUCGCCUCCGCUCCUCAUUCUGGGGUUAGGGCUCCUCGUCGCCUUCUCCCUGAAGAAGCCUCUCCGACCGAGGCUUUGGAGUGUUGAAGAGUUGGCUUUGUAUAAUGGGACGGAAGAGGGGUUACCGAUUCUUUUAGGGAUUCUGGGCUCAGUGUUUGAUGUCACGAAAGGGAGAUCACAUUAUGGUCCGGGAGGAGGGUAUCAUCACUUUGCUGGAAGAGAUGCAUCACGAGCAUUUGUUUCGGGAAAUUUUUCAGGUGAUGGAUUAACUGAUUCCUUGCACGGUCUAUCUAGUUCAGAGGUAAAUAGUGUUGUUGACUGGAGGAAGUUCUAUAAUGAAAGAUACAUAUUUGUCGGUAAGCUAGUUGGUCGAUACUAUGACAGCCAAGGGAACCCGACUAAAUAUUUGAAGGGUGUCGAAGCAAAAGCUAAACGAGGAGCUCAGCUUCUCGAGAAGCAGAAAAUCGAAGAAGCCAGAAUUCCAAGCUGCAACUCAAGAUGGAGUCAGCAGGAGGGAGGAAAGGUAUGGUGUGAUGCGGGUUAUCCGAGGUUAGUGAAGCGGCCUGCUGAUAUAGCCUUAACUGGGAAAAUCAGCCAACGGUGCGCGUGCUUCAAGGAAGAGGAGCUCGGCAGGCCGGGCUUGGAGGUAUACAAGGAAUGUGAUUAUCUCUCCACAUCAUGCAAAGUAUAAUCAUCCAUAUUUUCCAUGUUUUGCCAGUGUUUACUUGUAUAUACACUGUUGAAUCUUUAUACUCGGUAGUCAUUAUGUGUUAGCUGUACUGACUUAUUAUCCAUAGAUUUUUCAUUAUUUAAAUCGUGUAUCUCCUUCGCUUGUAGUCAUUUAUCAUUCAAUGAAUGAAUGAAGAACUCAUUUAAUCUUC